AUGCUAAGCGGCGGAGGCUCAGGCCUAUUUGGAAACAUCUCAGGCAGUACUGCCCCAACAACGGGGACGCCUGCCACCUCCGGGACACUCUUCGGUUCCACUGGGCAGGCUCCUGGUGCUGGGGCGACUUCCAGCAUAUUCGGCACUACAGCCCCCGGGUCCUUGUUUGGUGCUCCGGCAGCUGCAACUGCAGCCCCAGCUACGGGUGGUGCGGCGGCACCAGUGACACCGCCAAAAGAGGGUGGAUUAUUUGGAUCGACUGCAUCGAAUUCUACACCCUCCGCGGGGGGUUUAUUCGGCGGCGGUGCAGGCCUGCCGUCCGGCACAGCUGGGGGGCUCUUCGGUAGUAAUACAACCUCCGGUUUAGGAUCAGGAGGCAGUGCGACAACCGGAGCCACUGGAGGUUUAUUUGGGAGCACUGCUGCUUCCGCUGGAAAUACACAGAAUGCUCCACAAGGAAGCCUUUUCGGCGGAAGUGCAGGCGCAGCCUCUGGGUUGUCUGACGCCACAAAAUCAGGGUUAUUUGGUGGAACUACUGCAGCCAACAAGCCAAAUGAGGCCACAAAGCCAGGAGGACUAUUUGGGGGGAUCUCGGCAACGGGAAGCACAGGGGAGGCUCCAAAAGGGGGCCUCUUCGGCAGCAGCAGCGCUACAACGACGAGUUCCAAGCCAGACUCAUCUUCUGGAGGGCUGUUUGGCCCCUCUUCAUCAGAAACUUCUGAGACGAAUCAACCUGCAGGCGGAAAGAGUUCGUCAGGUACUGCCUUAACUGGUGCAGGAGCCGCUGGGGCCGCCGCAGGCAGCGGAACGUCUGAUGCUUCGAAAGGAACUGGCCUUUUCGGGAGCUUAGGGGAAGCAACAAAAACAGCCAGUGGUGGUACUCUUUUCGGAAAUGCCCCCGGCGUUGUUGGAGGUGUUAGUGGAGGGACUGAUGGAAAGGGCAGCGGUUUGUUCGGGACCACCCCAGCUGCCGUCUCGGAAGCGUCCCAGCAGCCGCAGACAGCCGGGCAGGCAGGCACAGCGAGCGGGCCACCCCUUUUUGGCUUUGGUGCAUCUGGAAGCAGCGGCAGCGCUGGCGGCUCGUUGGCGGGUACUGCAAAGCCUUCAUCAGAGGCGAAAAGCGGGCAGAAAGGAAGCGAGGCGGUUUCUUUGCCAUCACCGGCACUCGAGCAGAAUACGACCAGUGGGCAGAGUCAAACUCUUCCCGGUGCUAGUAGCACCUCUGCUGCUCCGAGUGCUGCCCCAGCGAUCGGCUCCCUCUUCGGAGCCAAGUCACGAAGCAGUGGUGAGACGGACACCGCCCCAGCGACGGGAUCACCCGUUCGAAACACACCGGUGCUUCCCCCAGAAGAGGUUGCAUUAGAGACAAUGCAGCAUGAAAGGAUGGACGAUCUUCUGACUAAUUGGGAGAGGAGGCUACAGAGGAAGGUGGGACAGUUUGAUGAACUGGCCCAGGAGGUGGCUGCGGUAGAAGCUUCUCUUACUACGCAAUCCAGGGCCCUCGCCAGCAUACGCGAGGAGCAGCAGCGCGUGCACCGCCGGCAGCUGUUCGUUGGUGAAACCAUUGACAUGAUUGAGCAACAACAGAACGAUCUCUCAAACUUAUUGGCGUCGAUAGAAAGCAGCCUGUUGGCAAAGCUUUCUACCCAGGAACAGCGAAGCGUUUGCUCCACCGUCGAGCAGAGCAUGUCACAGCGUGUUCUAGAUAUUGACGCCCAGAUGGAUGAGCUGAGUGCUGCUAUCGCCCAGGCGGCUCGGAGGACUCAGCCGGACCCAGUAGCCGCCAUCUCACAAGUGCUCGCGGUGCAUCAAGCAGCACUGGAAUCCGCCACUCAACAGUGUACAAAGUUAGAGCAGUGCUUAAAAAGCCUACAGAGAUUUGUUGCGUAG